UAUAGAAACAGAAGAAGAAGAAGAAGAAGCAGCUCAUCAAGAUCAGGGGACCCCAAAAAACCCCAUUUGACACAACCAUUUUCAAGUGAUUUCCGUCGGUGGGUGUUCAUCAAAAUUCAAUCUUUAACCCCCAUUUUAAAGAUCUAUACGUAUAUAUAUUAUAUAUUUUGAUGGGGUGGAGAUAUCAAGCUGGACUGUUAUUAAUUGCUGCUGUUGUUAUUAUAUGGGUUUGCUCUGCAGAAGUUACCCAGGGGAUUUUCACAGACUAUAAACAACCAUUUGCAGUAACAUACCUUGGAGCUUCACUAAUGGUAAUUUACCUUCCUAUCGCAUUCAUCAAGGAUUGGAUAUAUAGGCUAAUCAAAAAACGAAAAAGUCAAUUAUCUGCUGGACUCAACUCGCCUCUUAAGUACAUUGGCGGGUCAACAAUGUUUGAAAUGCAAGUUGAAGGGUCAGCAAUAAGUCGAAAAGCUAGUGAUCAUGACAUUACCGAUCAAGAAGAAGGAAACCCGUUAGUUCCUAAAAUCAAAGGCGAUUCUUUGCCAUUGAAACAUGAAACUGAGAUUACAACAAGGGAGGUUGCUACCUAUGGAUUCUAUAUUGCACCUAUAUGGUUUGUUACAGAGUAUUUUUCAAAUGCUGCUCUUGCGCGUACAAGUGUUGCUAGUACGACAGUACUUUCAUCAACAUCAGGGCUGUUCACUCUAUUCAUUGGUGCGUUUUUGGGCCAAGAUUCUUUAAAUGUGACAAAAGUUGUUGCAGUUUUUGUCAGUAUGGCUGGUGUUGUCAUGACAACUCUGGGAAAAACUUGGGCUGCUGAUGAAGUAGCUACAAGCUCCUCUUCAAAUGGUGAUCACUCUCUCGUUGGCGAUCUAUUCGGGCUAUGCUCAGCUAUGUGUUAUGGCCUCUUUACAGUGCUUCUUAAGAAAUUCUCUGGUGAGGAAGGAGAACGAGUUGAUGUGCAAAAAUUGUUCGGAUAUAUUGGUUUGUUUACACUUGUGGCUCUAUGGUGGCUUGUUUGGCCACUAACUGCAUUGGGAAUCGAACCAAAGUUCCAGAUUCCUCACUCAGCUAAAAUGGAUGAAGUUGUUAUUGCCAACGGACUUAUCGGGAGUGUCCUUUCUGACUAUUUUUGGGCAUUAUGUGUUGUAUGGACGACUCCAUUGGUUGCCACCUUGGGCAUGUCUCUCACAAUCCCACUCGCAAUGGUAGCGGAUAUGAUGAUCCAUGGCCGCCAUUAUUCUGCCAUUUACAUUCUUGGUUCUGCUCAGGUAUUUGCUGGUUUUGUGAUUGCUAAUCUUCCCGACAAAAUUUCCAAAAAAAUCGGGUUAUAGCACGUGAUUCUGUAUCACUAACUUCUACCUUCCAAAGAUUAUUCGUUUGAAAUCUUGAUUUCUCGGUGAGCUUCAACAUUCUAAAUCCACUGGUUCCGUAUCAUCAAUGAUGUAACAGUUGUAUCAUCUAUAAGAUUGAUUGUUUGAAAAUGAACUCAUGGAGCUGUUGCUCGAAGGCCGUCUUGUUCCAAAUUGUGAUAUAUACAUUACCUUUUUGUUAUAUUGAUUCACGUUUUGUGGAUUUGUUAGGAUAUAGAAUGCAAGAUUAAUAGAUAUCAUUUGUACCAACUUCUCAAACUUGUUAAUAUAAAAUAUCAAGCUUUUUUUCUCUUACA